GCGGGUUCCGGGUGCCGUUCCCGCUGCGCACCAAUUACAUGUUCGCGCGGGUGCGGGGCCCCGUGCGCAGCCCCCUGGGCGCCGUCUCCGUCUGCCUCUGGCUGCGCCCGGGGGGCGCCCCCGGCCCGGGCACCCCCAGCCUGGGCACCCCCAGCCUGGGCACCCCCUUCUCGUACGCGGCGCCCGGGCAGCCCAACGAGCUCGUGCUGCUCGCCUGGGCCGGCCGGCCCCUGCAGCUGCUCGUCGACGACCAG